UACAACUAGAAAACCGCUACAAAAGAAAACACGGAGCACAACACCAAUGAACAUGGCGGCGGAUGAAGGCAUUUGCAACGUUACGUGCGUGAAAAUGAAACCAAAAAAGCCGUGCAGCGACAGAAUAGGAACCUGCCCAAAGAACGAAUGUGUUGGGAUACGAAACCAACAUUGCGAUUACGAAUGCAACGGGAAUGUGUGCGGAUCAGAAUGCCAGUCUAAAAAUGAAAGAUGUCGACUUAAAUGUACCGGUAUAUAUUGCGAAGUUGGGUGUAAUGCACCAAGGUGUAAAGCCGAGUGCGAAGGCAUCGGAUGUAUAGCCAGGUGCAAUGGGGAGAAAUGUGUUGCUCUAUGCACAGGAAAAAAUUGUACAGCCACGUGUGAAGGACAGGGUUGUGUAUAUUCGGAAUUAACUGUAAGUGCUUAUUUUGUAGCGGUUUAUUUAUUAGUUAUAAUCCACGUAAUGUUAGAUCACAACUUGAUAAAGCAGAUACCCAGAGUAACGGCGCGAUUCGGGAAAUGA